AUGCAAUUUCCUUCUUCAUCACCACAGAACCCAAUAUCAAGUUCAACUAAUUCGUCACCAUCAAACAAUGUUUUAUUUCUUCCAUCAAACACAUCCAAAAUGUCAUUUAUAAUUCCAAAUAAUAAUAACAAUACUAAUAAUACGAAUUCUAGUCAACAACCUAUGGUUUCCUCAGCCAAUAUACUUUCAUCAACACUCAAUUCGGGCAUGGCAACAUCAGUUAACUUGAAUGGUACUAAUUCUUCUCCUUCCAAUCCUUUGAAUCAAACAUCUCAACAACGAGUAUCUAUUCCUCCUCGAACAACAUCUCACUCGUCGCAAAUUCCUCAAGAAGACUAUGCCAAAAUUCUUCGCGUAUUGCAAGAAAAUAACAUGACAGAAUCGAUGGAAACCUUCAAAAAAGAAUACCAAUCCUUGUUCAACAAACCCAUUUCCUCGUAUAGUGAACCCUACUUCACAGCUCUUGAUGGUUAUAUCGCCUAUGUUCAAGACCAACCGGACACCAGUCGACACGAAUUUUCUCAAUUAAUCUACCCGUUAUUCGUUCAUAUGUAUUUAGAUUUAGUAGAAAAAGAUCAUUCCGAAGAAGCUCAGCGAUUUUUUAUGAACUAUGUGAAAAAUACGAAUCUCCAAGCGACGGUCUUCGCUGCACAUAAAGAUGAUCUUUUUCGUAUUAAAUCUUUGGUCACCAAAGAACAAAUAGCACAGAGUGAUUAUGUCAAAUCCUUUCGUCAUAAUGGACGAUAUUGGAUUAAAUUAUGUAAUGCUUCACUCGAAUUACUUGAUCAAUUCUUGAUUAAACAACAAAAGUAUCCGUUAUUAACCAAGAUCGUUCAAGCAUAUUUUCAACUGGAGAUUAAUGAUGGUAGUGCACGAAAUGCUGAAACUCAACGGUUAUUAAGUGGCGGUCGUCUUGGAGAAAUCAAAACGGAAGACAAUACAAAUCGAAUGUAUUAUGGUCUAUUACGCGACCAUGAUCUAACACGGAUCUUACAGCAUAAAGCACUUCUUGCAUCGUCGGCAGGUGGAGAUAAUGAAGACGGUGGUGGCGAUGAUCAACCGUCAACAUCCAAGAAUCGAAAGAAGUUAAAAAAGGAUUUUUUCAAUCAGCGACAAAGUAAAGCUUCGUUAAAAGUGGAUCAGAAUGCACCAGCAUUAACUCGAAUACCGAUUCCUGAAUUACGAGAACAUGAACGAACGGAUUUAAUCAACACAUUUCAAGAGGAUUAUUCUCGGAUGUUAAAAAUUACGCCUGAUAAUUUACCAUCCUGUUGUUAUUAUACUCUGUUAAAUGGUUAUCUCGAAAUCAAUUGUCUUGAAAUAUCCGAAGAUUCAACUUUACUCGCCAUCGGUGGUAAAAACUCCAGUAUUUACGUAUACUCCUUGAAUCGUAAAAAGUUAGUUACAAUGAAACUACCAUCAGAACUCGAAAGAUUGGAUAAAUCAAACGAACAUAUUUAUGAACAAAUGAUGACGAAUGACGAUAGCAAAGAUAAUACAAACUCGAAUCAAGAUUCCGAUAUACUCUAUAAUCAACGAACUCUGUGUGGUCACACAGGACCUAUUUACGGCUUAUCCAUGUCACGUGAAAAAUGGUUUCUACUUUCAUGUUCAGAAGACUCAACUAUUCGUCUAUGGAGUUUGCUAACUUGGUCAUGUUUGAUUACAUUCCGUGGACAUACUCAACCUGUCUUUGAUGUUCAAUUCGGACCAUUUGGCCAUUAUUUUGCUUCGUGUUCACUGGAUAAAACAGCACGUUUAUGGUGCAUAGAACACGCUCAAACACUAAGAAUUUAUACCGAUGGAUGCAAUGACAUGGAAGCGUUGUGUUUUCAUCCGAAUUCGAAUUACAUUGCAACAUCAUCGUCAGAUCGUAUUGUGAAGAUUUGGGAUUUACUAGAAAGUAAAGAUGGACAGCCAUUGAAGCCGCUUAGGCAAAUGUCUGGACACAAAUUGAAUGUUUGUAUAAUGAAAUUUUCUCGAGAUGGACGAUAUUUAAUAUCAACCGGCUAUGAUAGACAAAUUAUGAUUUGGGACUGUAGUAAUGGAUCACUAGUAACUUGUUUACUUGGACAUUCAGAUGCAAUUUUUUCUAUGGAUCUUUCACGGGAUGGUUCUAUCUUAUGUACGGGUAGUGCGGAUUUUUCCAUUCGAAUAUGGAAUUUCAGUCAAUUAAUCAAGGAUAAAGAUGAUGGUAAACUAGAAACUGUUCAACGUGUCACUCCAUCAGCGAAAUAUGAACUUGUGACAUAUCGCACGAAACGUACGUCAACUACAUUGAUACAUUUCACUCGUCGUAAUUUAUUACUUGGGUUUGGUGUCUUCAUCCCACCAACUGAAUCAACAACAAAGCCAUUAACUUAA